GCGGCCUUCAAACUUUGCAGAGUUAAGAAAGUGCUGGUGGGGCCGAAGGCGGUGCCGAUGUUGGUCACCCACGACGGCCGGACUUUGCGAUUUCCGCAUCCGGAAAUUAAAGUCCACGACACUGUUCGCCUCAACAUCGCGGACUCCAAGAUUCUGGACACGUACAAGUUCGAAGUGGGCAACGUGGCGAUGGUGACCGGCGGCCACAACGUCGGCCGCGUGGGCUCGAUCGUCAGCCGCGAGCGGCACUUAGGCAGUUUCGACGUUGUGCAUUUGCGAGACGCCCGCGGCAACGAAUUCGCCACGCGAAUUGGCAACGUUUUCGUCAUUGGCCGCGGCGAGAAGCCCGUGGUCGCGCUGCCCAAGGACAAGGGCAUUCGCCUCACCAUCUUCGAGGACCGCCAGCUCAAACUCAAGAAAAACGCAGGACUCUGA